UUUAACUUUCCUACAAAAGCCAACGGAUCCUUAUGUUUACUUUCAUCAUCCAUCGACUUCUACUAACAACUUAGACUAAGAAACUAACACAAUGAUCUUUAUGUAUCUAUUCAUAUCGCUCAUGUUUAUAGAAUGGUUUAUCUUAUUACAUGACUUGUAUUCGCUGUUUGCCCACCCUCUUUUUCAGUUUAUCUUUGCUACACCGGCCACCCCUUGCAUGGCGGCUCAACCACGUGAAGAAGCCCGUGCCACUGAGCCAUGCCAUGUGGAGAAUGGCCCAGGUAAGAAGAAGGAGUUGGGAGUGAACCCUAAGGUUAUGAUGGAAAGAUUAGGAACGUUUUGGGAUCCUGAUGAUCAAAGGGAAAGUCUUGAGUUCGAAGAGAUGGUGAAUCUGUUCGUUGGUGAUGAGCCAAGCUUUGAUGAAGUAAAAGAGGCGUUUGGUGUGUAUGAUAAGAACAACGAUGGGUAUAUAGAUGCAAAAGAGCUUCAGAAUGUGCUUUCUAAUAUGGGGUUUUUACACGUAUCUGAAAGUGAUUGUGAACGGAUGAUCACUGGAUAUGAUGUUGAUAAAGAUGGUAAGAUUAGCUUUCGGGAAUUUUUGAAAGUCGUGGAAGAUGGCUUUUGUUAGUCUUGAAAUAGCGUAUCACCCCGUCACUUGGUAUCAUUUCUAUACCUUUUUUUUUUUAAAUAAGUAUUUGGUUGUAGUGUGGUUCGUAUGUUAUGUACAUAUAUCGGCUUUCUAUUAUUUUUGCGCAAUUUGUGUUCAAUAGAUCGAAUUAGAUCAUCACUAAAGACAUUGACUUUCUAAUGGCGUUUUCAUUACAA